AUGGAGCACAGAACUCUCCUCCGAUUAUCUCAACGCCUCAAACUCCCCCCCUCAGUCCGAUACAUCCCCUCUUUUGCACGCCACGAAUCCACGUCUAAUAAGCCUGUUCCUUCUACCCGCCAGGCCCACCCUCAAGGCGACUACUACGCCUUGCUCCUAUCCUCCUCCUCUUCUCCCUCCCCGAAAUCAUCAUCCGCGCCCCCCACCACCGCCUCCUCCUCAAACCCACCUAUAACCGCAUCUACAUCUCCCGAACCCUCCCCCGACCCCGCCAUUCUCUUCACCUCGCGCCUCUCUUCCCCCCUCGAACGACGCACCGAGAUCCUCCGCCAAAGCCAGCCCAUAUCCCAGAUACACGUCCCGCCACGCCCCGAAGAACCCGACAACUGUUGCAUGAGUGGCUGCGUAAACUGCGUCUGGGACAGUUAUCGGGACGAGGUUGAGGAGUGGGCUGCUGCGAAGAAGGAGGCGGAUAGGGCUUUGAGGCAGGAACGGAAGAAGAGGGAUAUGAGGGGGGCAGCAGAGGCUGCUACGAGUGUGGAUGAUGAUGGGAAGGAGAAUGGGGAUGAUUUGUUUGAGGGGGUGCCGGUGGGGAUAAGGGCUUUUAUGGAGCAGGAAAAGAGGUUGAAGGAGAAGCAUCAGAGGGAAGGUACAGUGGGGUGA